UUGAAAUUACAUUCAGAUGACAUUACAUUAUAUAUAGAUUAUUUAAAAUAAAUCUCUACAAGAGAGAUUGGUUCCCUCCAGCAACAAUAUUCAACAUGAAAAUCGCUCUCAUCAUCGUUGUCCUGAGCUGUUUCGCUGUGGUGUCGUUUGGUGCCGGCAACAAGUGCACUAAACAAUCGGACUGCGAAGAAAACGAGUGUUGUUUGGACCUGCUGUUCUUCAAGAGCGCUUUUUGCGAACCCCGAUAUCCAGCAGGUCAGCGCUGCCUGACCCCAUCUGUGUACAAGCCCGAAACGGAUCUGUACUAUCUAGCCUGUCCCUGUGUUCCUAAGUACGAAUGCCUCGGUAAAGGAAGUCUCGAGGACGGAGUGACUAUGAUAAAAGACGCCAAGUGCAUAAUGCCAACUAUCUAAUUAUCAAUCCAGCAUUUGUAAAAAUAAAUCUAGAUUGAUGUUAUUCUUGGAAUUAAAAUAAAAUAAAUAAACUAAAAUUAAUUUUUA